CGUCACGUGACCUCGGCUAUAAAACCAGGCAUGGAGGGUGAGGAGAGGUGUUGUUAAGUCCCGACCUGCUCGCCGCCAUUUCCUCUGUACUUAGCAACCGCUGUUGUCAAGCAGGAUGAAGCUGGAAGUCACUGUAGUCUUGAUGGCACUUCUGUGUGUGUCUCAAACCAACGCGCAGAUGGAGUCCAUCAUGAGCUUACUCGGGAUGGACCCUGUGCCAAUGCCUCCUCCCCUCCCGAAGUCUCUAGACCCCGCCUAUCAGAGACAGCAACAACAGAUGCACAUGUACCAGUUCCAGCAGCAGCAGCGACAGCUGAUAGAACAACGGCGGAAAGAACAACAGUUUGCUUUGCUGCAGCACCUGCGCAACAUGUCCUCCAAGCAACUGCAGGACCUGCAGCAGAAGCUGGCACCGGAGCAGCUACAGAGGCUUGUGGGAUUGCUCAAGACCCUGAAGCAGGAGCAGUCAGGGUUCCCCCUUGACAAGGCAUUACAGGCUUCCAGGCAGGAAAAUGCCAUUCUGUCCGGUGCCAAUAGGAUCCGGCAGCUAGCAGCCUUAAACUCUGCGCAGGGCAAGAAAGCAUUCCAGAGUGUUGCCUCCAGAAGAACGACACCAUCUCGAGGCUCCCCCAAUAUGUUCAGCACGAUGUCCAAAAUCUCAAGCCAGCCCAAGAAAGCCAUGGACGCCUUGGCCGCAGGGUGCAGCUACCCGAUGGGUAUGGAUGGCAUGGAAGCCACCCUGAUGUUCGCCGGCAGCUGCUCCAACCCUAUGGCCAGAGGCACCUGCAUGGCUAAUGGCCGGUCUUGCGUGAAUGUGGGCAUGUCCAUCAUGUGCUGCCCGGCAGGAUACAGCAGCCGAACACUGGAUGCCUUCAAGUACAUGAAACAGAUGCAAGACUUCAUGACACAGAUAUCCUGAGUCCUGCGGCGCCAUCUAGGAGCCAGUUCUCUUUCCAUCUGUCCAUCUGUGUCCAAAGAAUGUAUGGCUUUAAGUCGUCCUCGGCGACAUCUCGCCAUCUACUGCCGACCUUGUAACCAACCUGAGAGUUUAUCAAAUAAUCUUGUUGCCAUUAUAAAAAAGAAAUAUCUACGCAUUUUUUGUUUUUGCUUGUUUGGAAAAUGUCACACGAAUAUUUCAUAGCAGAAUCGGUGGCGAUGGGUUAAUAAAUGUAUUUUGAUUGUUCGCAGGUAAAUUGUAUUACAAUUAUGAUCCCUUAACAGUUUGUACAGUAUUCUUGUAUUUCAGUUUAGGAAGACAAUUAUGAAUAUUUUGAGACUUUUUGGGUAACAGAUUGACCACUGUCAAACUUCAAAUAAUUUCAUUAAAAAUAAUUUAGCCAACAUUUCUACAGGUAGAAUUUUGUUAUCUAUGGUAUAAGAUUUGUGUAAAGUUUUUUUUUCAAAAUAAAUUGGUAGUUUUUUUUUUGCGAACGAUGGCUUUACAUUUAUGUUAAAAUAUUAUUCUGCUGUUGUACUUAUUGUUUGAAACUUAUAGUCAGCCACGGAAGAGGAAGAAGAAGAAUAUUUUUGCGUGAAAUGUUCUUGAAUAACAACUUGAACUGCACUUGUGAUGUCUCCACCGUUUCUCUUUCGUCGUAUGUCAAGAAAACUAGUGAAAGAAAUUUUGGUGAAACAAAAAUUCAAAUGAAGAACAUGUGUGAAGUAUUUCGAUCUAAGAAAGGCUGACGAAUAAAAUCUGAACCUGUAUUGUUAA